AUGAAUUGUUUAUGUAAGGAUAGCUUAUAUUGCUUUUUAGUGUUAUUGAGUUGUGAUCCAGGAUUUGUUUGUGAUAGUUCUUGCAAAACAAGUCUAAAUUCUAGUAGUGCUUGUUCAUCAAGUGAUGCUGGAUUCUGCUUGUGUUAAUUGACAAUAAUUAAAUAGCAGACAAUUUUUAAUGUGUUUGCAAUGAUGGAUAUUAUAGAGAUGGAUCAAAUUAAUGUUAGCAAUGCACAGCAUCAUGUUCAAAAUGUGAGAAUAAUCCAUAUGGUUGUACCGAAUGUAUCUCUACUUUUACAUUAAGUUAGGAUAUUCAAUAUAAAUGUGAAUGCUAAUAUGGCUAUUUUUAGGUUGAUUCUCAUACAUAUUAAUAAUGUGUAAGUCCAUGUUAAACUUGUGAAUCAAAUUAGAAUUAUUGUUUAUCAUGUGUUGAUAGUAAUUAAAUAGUAAAUGAUUUUCAUAAAUGUGUAUGUAAAAUAGAUAGUGUUGUUAAUAUUGACGGUUUCACACGCAACAAAUGUUAAUUACCAUAUGUUAGUUGUUUAUAACUAUAAAUAAACGUGUCACUUGUUUAAAUCUAUUAUAUUAAUAAUCUGAAUCUUGUAAAUGUGAAUCUAGAUGGAUAUUUGAUGAUAAUUACUUCUGCAUACCUUGAAUAGAACCAUGUAAAACUUGUGAGAUAUCUACAGCUAAAUGUUCUACCUUUAGGGAUCCUCAUCAAGAACUUAAUAGCUUAAAAUAAUGUGUUUACAAAUCUACAUAUUAUUCUGAUACUCUAAACGCCUGUGCAAAGUGUUCAGAACUUGUUAAGAAUGUGA